AUGCCUUCAAAUUCCCUGCGCGAUAACGUCUCCCGCCGCAAGGAUGCCUCUCCCCUCGGCAGAGGCAUCUUCAUCGGGCUUCGUGCCCUAGAUGUCUGGUGGCAACACCAUCUACUCACCCGCGGAUGGGCUACACGAGCCAUCGAAACGCUUGGGGGUCAAGCAGUCUCAACAAGCCAUAUUAUAUCUUCUACAAGCUUUACGGGCCUUCAACCUUACUAUGGUCUCGUGAACCUGCUCUCCUUUGGCAGCAGCAUCAAGCAGAUUGCGACCAUGAUCUUCAUUUCCGAGCAAGAGACCCCCGUGGCCUCCGCCAUCAUUGUCGCCGCAUUCAACACUAUCGUCAACUCCGUGAACACUCUUCUGUCUGUUUGGGCUGUCACCUCCCAAGUGCCCAGCACCCUAUCUUCCAACAAGUCUUCCAACUUCUUACUCGCGAGUCCUCUCGUUGCCGUGGGCGCAGGCGCAUACCUCAUCGGGAUCCUCACUGAAGCAGUCUCCGAAUUCCAACGGACAGCUUUCAAGAAAGACCCCGCCAACAAAGGCAAGCCGUAUGGCGGCGGACUAUUCUCCCUCGCUACGAACAUCAACUAUGGUGGGUAUACUAUUUGGCGUGCUGGCUAUGCCCUGGUCACUGGCGGCCUGCCUCUGGCGGCUAUAAACUUUUCUUUCUUCUUCUACGACUUUGCGGCCCGUGGGGUCCCGGUGUUAGACGCGUAUUUGACAGACAGGCUUCUAUUUAUUCUACUAGUUCAUUCUAGUAGAUGUUGGGCGUUCCGAAUUACGUUGCCUAACCUUCCCUAUGUGGUUUUCAGGUCACGAGCAAGAGAGAUGCAUUUCAGUCUAGUCAAGAAGGAAUGUGUCCAGCACACAAACGGUUAUCAAGCGUACGCCUCGUCCAGGCACAAUCAACCUUUCCUACUAUGUAUAGAAAUUAUUGGAAAUUAUCACAAACAUCAAAGAAUUAUCGAGAUGAAAGUCGGAAUUGCAGGAAUCACGGGCAAAUUUGCCCGCCGCCUUGUCACCCACCUCCUUGACGCUGGUGACGACUCCCUGACUAUCAGAGGGUACUGCCGCAGCCCUUCGAAGCUCCCAGACUUCGUGAAAUUGUCUCCCAAGCUUGAGAUAAUUAAGGGCGCCGCGUUUGACCAAGACGCAAUUGCCACCUUCGUCCAAGGCUACGACGUUGUUGUCUGCUACUACCUCGGCGAUGACAAGCUCACGGUGGACGGCCAGAAGCUCCUCAUCGACGCUUGUGAGUCAGCCAAUGUUCCGCGCUACGUGGCCAGUGACUGGGCACUGGAUUACACCAAAUUGAAAUUGGGCGAGUUGUUCCCUAAGGAUCCCAUGAUCCAUGUCAAGAACUACCUCGAUACGGAGAAGAAGAAGGUUUCUGGGGUGCACAUUCUCAUUGGUGGCUUUAUGGAGCCCAUCUUCAGUCCCUUCUUCAACAUUGUCGAUGUUCAGACCAAUACCUUCCGGUACUGGGGUGAUGGCAAUGAGAUUAUGGAGGGAACGACCUACGAUGAUGCCGCCAAGUACACGGCAAAGGUGGUCUUGGAUCCAGAGGCAAAGGGUGUGUUGAAAUUUGUUGGAGGCCGCGCUACUAUCCAGGAAAUUGCCAAGUCGUAUGAGAAGGUCUAUGGUACCCCGGUGACAUUGGAGAAACGCGGGUCUCUCGAAGACUUGUACAAGACCAUGCAUGACAAGCGAAUGAAGAGCCCUCAGGAUAUCUACAGCUAUAUGUCUUUGUUCUUCUACUACUACUGGAUCAACGGACAGACCUUUGUUGGGCCGGAGUUGGACAAUGCCCGUUAUCCGGAUGUCCAGGCAGUCGACUGGGAGGGCUUCAUGAAGUGCUGGUCUCAGGAGCAGAUUGGGACAUCUUACUUUGCUUUGAAUAUAUUGGCAGUCCAGGUACAACAUUCCCAUUUUGACCGUCUAGCUGGGUCAUUUUCAAUCUGA